AUGAUGAGAACAUUGACCAUCACUAACCAUCCCCCCCAUCACCCCCAUUCCCCCAUCACCAACCAUUCCCCCAUCACCAACAAUUCCCCCAUCACCAACCAUCCCGCCAUCCCCCCCAUCACCAACCAUUCCCCCAUCACCAACCAUCCCGCCAUCCCCACCAUCACCAACCAUCCCGCCAUCCCCCCCCAUCACCAACCAUUCCCCCAUCACCAACCAUCCCGCCAUCCCCCAUCACCAACCAUUCCCCAUCACCAACCAUUCCCCAUCACCAACCAUCCCGCCAUCCCCCCAUCACCAACCAUUUCCCCAUCAUCAACCAUCCCACCAUCACCAACCAUCACCCCCAUCCCCCAUCACCAGCCAUCCCCUCCAUCACCAACCAUUCCCCAUCACCAACCAUCCCCGCCAUCCCCCAUCACCAACCAUUUCCCCAUCAUCAACCAUCCCACCAUCACCAACCAUCACCCCCAUCCCCCAUCACCAACCAUCCCGCCAUCCCCCAUCACCAACCAUUCCCCCAUCACCAACCAUCCCCGCCAUCCCCGCAUCACCAACCAUUCCCCAUCAUCAACCAUCCCACCAUCACCAACCAUCACCCCCAUCCCCCAUCACCAACCAUCCCCGCCAUCCCCCAUCACCAACCAUUCCCCCAUCAUCAACCAUCCCACCAUCACCAACCAUCACCCCAUCCCCCAUCAUCAACCAUCCCACCAUCACCAACCAUCACCCCCAUCCCCCCAUCACCAACCAUCCCCGCCAUCCCCCAUCACCAACCAUUCCCCAUCAUCAACCAUCCCACCAUCACCAACCAUCACCCCCAUCCCCCAUCAUCAACCAUCCCACCAUCACCAACCAUCACCCCCAUCCCCCAUCAUCAACCAUCUCACCAUCACCAACCAUCCCCGCCAUCCCCCAUCACCAACCAUCACCCCCAUCCCCCAUCACCAACCAUCCCCGCCAUCUCCCCCAUCACCAACCAUUCCCCAUCACCCCCAUCCCCCAUCACCAACCAUUCCCCCAUCACCCCCAUCCCCCAUCACCAACCAUCCCCGCCAUCCCCCAUCACCAACCAUUCCCCCAUCAUCAACCAUCCCACCAUCACCAACCAUCACUCCCAUCCCCCAUCACCAACCAUCACCCCCAUCCCCCAUCACCCCCAUCCCCCAUCAUCAACCAUCCCACCAUCACCAACCAUCACCCCCAUCCCCCAUCAUCAACCAUCCCACCAUCACUAACCACCCCCCAUCCCCGCCAUCCCCCAUCACCAACCAUUCCCCAUCAUCAACCAUCCCACCAUCACCAACCAUCACCCCCAUCCCCCAUCACCCCCAUUCCCCCAUCAUCAACCAUCCCACCAUCACCAACCAUCACCCCCAUCCCCCAUCAUCAACCAUCCCCGCCAUCCCCCAUCACCAACCAUCACCCCCAUCCCCCAUCACCAACCAUUCCCCCAUCACCCCCAUCCCCCAUCACCAACCAUUCCCCCCCCGUCACCAACCAUUCCCCCAUCACCCCCAUCCCCCAUCACCAACCAUUCCCCCAUCACCCCCAUCCCCCAUCACUAACCAUCACCCCCAUCCCCCAUCACCAACCAUUCCCCCAUCACCCCCAUCCCCCAUCACCAACCAUCCCCAACCAUCCCCCCAUCACCAACCAUCCCACCAUCACCAACCAUCACCCCCAUCCCCCAUCACCCCCAUCCCCCAUCACCAACCAUCACCCCCAUCCCCCAUCACUAACCAUCACCCCCAUCCCCCAUCACCAACCAUUCCCCCAUCACCCCCAUCCCCCAUCACCAACCAUCCCCGCCAUCCCCCCAUCACCAACCAUCCCACCAUCACCAACCAUCACCCCCAUCCCCCAUCACCCCCAUCCCCCCAUCACCAACCAUCACCCCCAUCCCCCAUCACCCCCACCCCCCAUCACCCCCAUCCCCCAUCACCCCCAUCCCCCAUCACCCCCACCUCCCCAUCAUCAACCAUCCCCCCAUCACCAACCAUGUCACAAUAG